AUGUCCAAACAUCGUCUUCGCGCCCGACGUAGCAACAACGACCCGGAAACCAACGACAACGUCAGCGGCAACAACUACAACGUCAACGACAACGACAGCAACAACUACAACAACAGCGAAACCUUCGACGAGUGUACACUUUCAGGAGCAUGUGGCACUGUCUCCGAAGCCGCCUCGGCUCUGAGAGUCAUCAACGGACAGAGAGUGGCUGUCGGAGAAUACAAGUUCCUGGUAACGCUCCUUAAAAACGACCAGGUUGUGUGUACCGCCACAAUCAUAGACCCAAGCCACGUCAUGACGGCAGCUCACUGCACUAUAGGCUUGAAGGCACGACAACUUUCGGUUGGCAUAGCCGAGCAUGAUAUUACCAAGAAUGACGGCGAAAAGAUCAUCAAGGUCAAGACCUUAACCCAGCACCCUAGGUACAACGAUGACCAACUAGUGAACGACAUCAGUGUCCUGACACUGGCGGAGCCCAUCACCGGUGUCAAGAACGCCGAGCCGGUGUGUCUUCCAGUCAACGGCCAGUGCGGGAACCUCAAAGGAAGGAAGUGUGUUGUGGCGGGGUGGGGAGCCACCUCGCAGCAGGGCGGGUUCAGUACGUAG